GUGACUAGAUACAAUUUCUUUUUAUUAAUUGGUGUGACCGUGUUCGGACGUAUUGAAAUUGGGCUUUGUGCAACCUGCUGCGACAGCCACACUAGCGCGACCGACCUGCGGAGUAAAAAUUUUCGCUCUGCGAAUAUUUGUAAAAGCAUUGCUUAAAAAGCAAAUAGAAGAAAUUUUAGCAUAAUCGACGCCAUGGCCUGCAACGCUAGCAAGACGACGCUCCUGCGCGCCAUCGCCAAACGAGGCUAUGCCACCUGCCCGCGUCCCGUGGGAGACCUGUCCGCCGUGAACGUCAAAGUACUGGAGAACAAACUUGUGGUGGCCACCGCCGAUGCAACUCUUCCCGUUUCGCGCGUGUCCCUGGUGCUGGGAGCUGGAUCCCGCAACGAGGCCUACGACACCCAGGGCGCUUCGCACCUGCUCCGCUUGGCCGGAGGAUUGAGCACCCAGAACUCAUCCGCUUUUGCCAUCGCCCGCAACAUCCAGCAGGUGGGCGGCACCUUGACCACAUGGGGCGACCGUGAAGUCGUUGGCUACACCGUGACCACCACCUCGGACAAUGCCGAGACCGGACUGCGCUACCUGCAGGACCUCCUGCAGCCGGCCUUCAAGCCCUGGGAACUGGUGGACAACGCCAAGACAGUAGUCAACCAGCUGAACGCCGUUUCCACAGAGCAACGCGCUAUAGAGCUGGUACACAAGGCCGCCUUCCGCAACGGACUGGGCAACUCGAUCUACUCGCCCCGCUUCCAGCUGGGUAAGCUGUCCUCCGAAAGCCUGCUGCACUACGUCGCCCAGACCUUUGCCGCUGGUCGUGCUGCCGUCGUGGGCGUGGGCAUCGAUAACAACACUUUGGCUGGCUUCGCCCAGACACUGCAGUUCCCCAGCGGUGGCGGCAAGCCUUCUUCGGCCAACUGGUAUGGUGGUGAUGCCCGCAAGGACACUUCCGGUCAUCGUGCCGUCGUCGCCGUUGCUGGACAGGGCGGCGCCGCCUCUAACCACAAGGAAGCGCUGGCUUUCGCCAUCCUAGAGCAGGCUGUUGGCGCCAAGGCGGCCACCAAGCGAGGCAACUCGGCUGGACUCUUCGGCGAGGCCGUCAAUUGCGCCGGCGGCACUGGUGCCUCGGUUAAGGCUCUGAACGCCAGCUACUCGGAUGCCGGUCUGUUCGGCUUUGUUGUGUCCGCUGAUGCCAAGGAUAUCGGCAAGACCGUGGAGUUCCUGGUGCGCGGCCUUAAGUCCGCUUCGGUGUCCGAUAAGGAUGUGGCCCGCGGUAAGGCUCUGCUGAAGGCGCGCAUUAUCUCGCGGUACUCGUCGGACGGCGGUUUGAUCAAGGAGAUCGGUCGCCAGGCGGCGCUUACCAGGAAUGUGCUUGAGGCAGACGCUCUGCUCAGCGCCAUCGAUGGUAUCUCGCAGUCGCAGGUUCAGGAGGCGGCCAAAAAGGUAGGCAGCUCCAAACUGGCUGUUGGAGCCAUUGGGCACCUGGCUAACGUGCCCUACGCCUCCGAUUUGGCUUAAGUAGAUAAACACCUCUGUACAUCUGUUAAACGUAAUGUAACGACUAAAUAAACCUGUUGAAGGAAACGACACGCGAAAGUA